UAACAUGCAUCUGCAAUCCAUACACAUUAUCUCUAAUCCUUAAGUACGUAGUUUCAAGAUUCUUGUCAGUAUCUUGUAAUGGCGGGGGAACAGAUGAAACCUGCUGCGACGCUGCUUUUAGUCCUUAACUUCUGCAUGUUUGUUAUUAUUCUAGGCAUUGGCGGAUGGGCGAUGAAUAGAGCUAUUGAUCAUGGUUUCAUCAUAGGUCCAGGAUUUGAUCUUCCAGCUCAUUUUUCGCCAAUUUACUUCCCAAUGGGAAACGCUGCAACUGGUUUCUUCGUGACCUUUUCUUUGCUAGCCGGUGUUGUUGGGGUAGCCUCUGUAAUCUCCGGGUUCAAUCAUGUUCGUUUCUGGAAUCACGAUAGCUUGCCUUCAGCUGCUUCUGCUGCUACUAUCGCGUGGGCUCUUACUGUCCUUGCCAUGGGCUUUGCCAGCAAAGAAAUUGAGUUGGACGUCAGAAAUGCCCGCCUGAGAACGAUGGAAGCAUUCAUAAUAAUUCUUUCUGCUACCCAAGUCUUGUAUAUACUGGUCAUCCAUUCUGCCGCGACGAGGAGAUGAACAUAAGUGAUAAAUCUGGAUGUGUUUAAUUUUAUUCAUUGUGUGGCCUUACUAUAUAAUGUGUUUUCUGCUCUUUGUGGUGUAGAGAUUUGGCCGAAGUUCAGGCCGUUUGUUUCUGAUUGGCGUGUUGUAAUUUGUAUUUCUAUCGAAAAAUAUAAGCAGCGGCUUCUAUAAGAUUGAUUUUAUCA